AAACUUUUCAACAUGGCGACACAACAAACGGAAGCGAUCGAAGCAAUGGAAAAUGCGAACCGAACUUCGCAUCCUGGCUUCAGUAACGACAAGUAUUCUCUGCUCGUCAUUGUCGGUGGACAUAGUCGGACUGGAUUUGUGGACUACGUGGUGGCAGAGAUAAAGAGAGGCAUCCGCUCAUGGGAUGUGGACCUGACAUUCUGUAACCUGGACGAGCAGCUCAAGCUCUUUGUGUCUCGACACUCUGCCUUCUUCUCGGAAGAAAUAAAAGGCCAGAGGACACUGCAGCACAGUGGAGACGUUCUAGACACCAAGGUGGUGGGGAACCCAUCCCAUGAGUUGGUCUGCUCAGAGGUGCGCCGGCUUAUAUCUGACGUGUCUCGCCACAAGUUGUUGGUUCUUGCUGGACAAUGUGUCGAAGAGGCAGGAGACCUGGUCUUACAAACAGGAUGUUUCUCUCUCAGUGACUUCAUUCAGAUAUUUGCUGAUGAAGAGAUUGGGGAGUUAUUGAGCUCGGCAGACCCUACACAAAAAGCUAGCCUCACACUGAGUUGUCCUAACACUGGAGUGUGGAAGAACUCAGUGUUGGAGAAACACAACCUACAAGACUUCAUUGACAUCAAAACAAACCUGCCAUCAGUGCUGCCUGAAAUGGAAGGUCUGCAAGAGUUCACAGAAUACCUCUCCGAGUCCCUGGAGCCACAGUCUUCUUUUGAGCUGCUGGAGCCCCCCAGUACUGUGGGCUUCCUCAAACUCUCUCGCCCCUGCUGUUACGUAUUUCCAGGUGGGAGAGGAGACUCUGCCUUCUUUGCUGUUAACGGUUUCAACAUCCUGGUCAACGGUGGGUCCGAUCCACGCUCCUGUUUCUGGAAACUGGUUAGACAUUUGGACAGAGUUGACUGCCUGCUCCUCACCCACAUCGGUACUGACAAUCUUCCAGGGGUGAACAGUCUUCUCCAAAGGAAAGUGGUAGAACUGGAGGAUGAACAAUCUGCCGACUCUCAGAUCAAUGAGGACUGGAUGAAAAAUCUAAUUUCUCCUGAUAUUGGCAUAGUUUUUCUUAAUGCUCCAGAGAGAUUGAAGUCAUUAGAGGGUGAUCCCAAAGAACUGCGGAGCUGCGAUCAGGUGGCACUCACGUUGCAGCACCUUGACAGGCUAACAAUCAAUCCAGAGCCUCUUAGUCGCUCAAAUGGACCCACCAUUGAGCCUGUUAUACUUUUCCAGAAGAUGGGAGUUGGUCGUCUAGAGCUGUAUGUUCUUAACCCAGUCAAAGGCAGUAAAGAGCUUGAGGCUUUGAUGAAGAACUGGCCCGGCAAUGGAUCUAACAUGAAAGGCUCAGAGAUACCCCUGCCUUGCCUUGUCUCCAUCUGUGCUCUAUUGGUGUGGCAUCCUGCCAGUACUCAUGAGAAGAUCAUUCGAGUUCUCUUCCCUGGGUGUACUCCGCAGGCCAAGAUUCUUGAAGGACUUGACAAAGUAAAGCAUCUAGAAUUCCUGAAACACCCCGCCGUGAGCCUUAGGGACCUUGAAGCAUCCAAAUCAGAUAAACAACCAAAACGUGCAGAGAGUCGGGAGAGCCUUAAGUCCCUUCCCAAGGACUCCAGACCUAGCAGUGCCUUGCUGAAGGACAAACUUGGACGUGGGGACCUUAGGAAACAAGACGUGAAGACCAAGCCCAAAGGCCCAAGUGACAUUGCUCCUAAAGAAAAGGAAGGGGAUGAGAAGUUGAAAUUGAAGGAUGUGGAUGCUAAACAAAAACUUCCAAAGCCUGAAAAGCUUAUGACAAAGAAGGAACCUUUAAAGGAUGAGAAAAAAAGAAGUCAAAAAGAGGGAAAAGACGUCAAACCUGAUCCAAAGAAAGAGAUCAAGAAGGAAAUCAAGCCAGAUGAGAAGAAACCAACAAAACCUGUCAGCAAGGAUGUCAAAAACAAAAGGGGGGGAAAGUCAAAGACGAGUAAAAAGACAGAGAAUCAAAAAGCUUCAGCCUCUGAAGGGGAUGCAGAUCGUUCUAAGAUGUCAACGCCUGAAGACAUGACAGCGGAAUUCGAGAAGCUCAGAGCAGAAAAUGGAGAGUCAGAGAAAAAGACUGCUGUUGUAGCGAGCACUAUAGCUAACAAUGAAGGAAUGGCGCAACCUGAAACAGAGAAUGGAUCAAGAGAAAAUGCAAAGAAGGGCGACAUCUUGGAAAGUCCAGAAAAGCUCCGCUGCAUGGAGACACUCCCAAAUCCAGAGAAGGCCCUGGGAACCACUUCACCUCUUGCCAAAACUCCUAAAAGUGACCGCAGUGUGAACUUUGAUAUUACACCAACUGAAUACAGACUUCUUGAUGGGGCCCUGCGAAAUGGACAAGAUGCAUGUGCCAGCUCAGAUGAGAAGACUUUAGAGUUGGUCUCCCCUGCUGACUCAGCCCCUAAUAGCGCUGGGCAUACCCCUUUCCACCAAUCACCUGAAGAGGAUGCUCAGGGCUCUGGUGAGGACAGUAGUCUCGGGGGAAGGGUGCCUAGCCUUGGCUUUGAAGACUGCCAUGUCAUGGGUUCUUGCAGGAACUCUGAGGUAGGCUCCUUGAAGGGGAACCUAGAGAACUCUACAUCAUCCCAGGAGAAGCAAUCAAGCCUUUUGACACUGAGUCCCUUCAUGCUGCCGGACUCUGUCUCCCCCAAUAUUACCUCUAUGCCUGCUGAAAUCGGUUCCCCACACUCGACAGAAGUUGAUGAGUCUCUUUCCGUGUCUUUUGAACAGGUGCUCCCAUCUAUUGAUGAGUCACCCAAGGGAGACCAUAUGGACAGGUCCUACUCUAAUGGGCAUUUUGCUGAUCCUGACCCCAAAAUGGGGAUGUCCUUACCUUUGAGGACAUGUCAUAACAUGCGUCCGCCAGGGGACGGCUCAGAGGAACGCCUUACUGGAUUUCAGGGUCUUCUCCCUGACGUUCCCCACGACGUCGACCUCUGCCUGGUCUCACCUUGUGAAUUCAAGCAUCCGAAAUCCCCAGAGAACCAACAACAGCAUCUGUCUCCGGGGCUAGCGACAGGUAGCCCGCGAGAACUAUCAGAAAACAGUGACCACUCCCAGGACCUAGCUAAGCCACAAAGCGUCAUUCAUAGUGAUCGACAUUCGCCACAAGGUCAGGAGACUCCACCCACAUCUGCUAGUGAGUCCCUCAACACAGCCACAGAUUCAGACAUACCCCCAGGGACUGAAGACUGCCCCUCCAUCACUGCAGACAUGGACUCUGAUGACGAUUCUGGGAGUUUCCCACCCCACCAUCCACACGACCAUCCCAGCUCUCACUCCUCCAAUAGGGGAGCUCAACAUUCCUCUCAGGACCCUCCCCCAGCCCCAAUGAAGGACCUGCCACCCUUGCCGCCCCAGCCCGGUGCCUGCAUGGCUGACCCUGAGGCUGAUGCUCCAAGCAAGACCUCAAAGAGCAGUGCCACAAAAACCAAGAAACCAGCUGGGGUCACACACAGGUUAACGUCAGCCACCAGUACAACUCUGAACAGCAAGACCAAGACUGGCAGCACGACUGGUACGUUGAAAAUCACCUCAAGUCUUGACACAAGGCCUUCAUCCCGCAAUAUCACUAAUGGCUCCAGACCUGGGACUGCACGGUCAACUUCUUCAGGUUCUGUGGGCAGCAAGGCCAGUGCAGCUGGAGGGGCCCCAGUUUAUUUGGACCUGGCUUAUCUCCCAUCUGGUUGUGCCUCUACCACCAUUGACGUGGAGUUCUUCCGACGCCUGCGCUCCUCCUGCUACAUCGUCAGUGGCAAUGAACACCUGAAGGAGUCUGUCAUGAGACCUAUUCUUGAUGCCCUACUGGACGGGAAGACAGCCUGGCCCGAUGUGCAGGUGACCCUGAUCCCCACUUUUGACUCACUGACGAUGCAUGAGUGGUACCAGGAGACCCACGAGAGGCAGGGGGAGCUGGGCAUUACCGUGCUGGGCAGCAACAGCACUGUGGCCAUGCAAGAGGAGACCUUCCCUGCGUGUAAAGUGGAGUUCUGAGAGAGAACAAGACGAAUCUUCAGAUCCCUGCACUCUUAUCCACCAAAGUAUCUCCCUCACUUUAUCUUUUCUUAAAUUGUGAUGGACUCGUUUCCCCCCUCUCAACUGACUAUUUCCCACCCUAGCAUGCAUCACGUAUAGCCUGGUGGAUUAGCAGGCUUUUCUCCUCCUUUCAAUCUUAUUAAUAUAGAGCGGACUCCAGCAUCUUUGCCUGGGUACAUCUAUACCAUGGAUAUGAAGGCAGAACAUGAAGAUAUCCAAGAGUCUUUGGUCUACCAACAUGAAGAAAUGUUGUUCAUUAUGAAUGCUAGUUAAGGUGGACUUAGAAGACUGGCAAUACCAAUCGAAGUUCCUCACACUUCUUAUCAGCAGCCAGGUAGUUGUGAUCCAAAUCCGCAACAGCCCAGAGAAAACUAGUCGACAGCUGUAGGAAACACUCUGCCUCAUUAGGGCUGAACUCCUGAUUUCUUCCUUCAACGAUGAAUCAUUUCAUCCGUAUAGCAUUUCAUAGGUAUAUUUAGCCCUGUGCCCAUUUGCACAGUUAUCAAUUUCCACAGACAAGGGGACCGCAGUGAGAGAAUCAGUGUUACAAUAGAAUAGGAUGUCCAUCAAAAACUAAAAAAGGCAGAGGGUGUGUGAGAGGUGAAGAUGGGACCUUUGUUGUCUCCUGGUGCACAUGUAGUCAUGCAGAGACCUCAGCACUUACUGAAGGACGACGACAUGUUUCGACAUCCCAUUUUGAGUUUCAUAGACUGUCUAUGAACAUUAAGGAGAUCGCCAAUGUCUUGGAAGGUAAUGGUAUGCACGUGAACAGAAGGAUUACUCUGACAUUGAUAAAACAAUGGAAGUCCACAUUUCAAGAAAUCAUGAAAUGUGCAGUAUUUUUGUGUAACAUUCAGAUCAGUCACUUUAACCCUUCAUCUAGAGCGCAUACUGUGGUAUACUCUUUUGACAGUGUGUUUUUGAAAGAAAUGGCUUGGUAAAUACUAGGUAAUAAUUUGUACUCAAAAUAAAUACUCGUAAGUAGUGUUUUAGAUGGAAGUCAAUAGACAAUUGAGUCAUUUAUGUACCAACUCGCAUGACUGAAUUACAGUUCUAGUACCGAGUAGUUAUUUCGUGAAAAAAUGCACUUUGAAUGAAGUGUUAACAGUACAGUAUAUUUCCACACUAAUAAACCGACUGUAUACAAACCUUUAUUUGAGUCCCUCUUCAAGACCAGAGUUGUUUUUAUCAUAGAGAAGCUGCAUGAUGUCACCAUCCUUUAAUUAUAAACUGGGAGGGUUGAGUCCUGACUGCUGUUUUUCUGAAAGCCGAGGUAUAUCAGACCGAAUACCAUAGGUAUUUCCCCAAAAAUAUUUUUGCUGUUCUAAUUACGUUGGUAACCAGUUUAUAAUAGCAUUAAGGCACCUCUGAGUUUUUUGGUAUAUGGCCAAUAUACUACAGCUACUGGCUGUAUCCAGGCACUCCGUGUUUCGUCGUGCAUAAGAACAGCCCUUAGCCGUGGUAUAUUGGCCAUAUACCAAACCUCCUCAAGCCUUGUUUCUUAAAUAUGCCAUGUCAAUGGGACCACUGAAUGUCACAUGCACCAGAGGUUAAGCUUCACUGAAGAGGGAUUCACAAAAUGAGAAGUCAUUAGCAAUACUUUGCAAGACAGUCCAUUCCAUUUAUCACAGAGUGGUUAUUAUUGUGCCUAAGUGAACUAAAGGAAAUGCUAAACAUACGAUUUUUAACAAGAACGGAAAAUCACCGUUAUAUCAGCAAUCGCUUGUGUAUCUGGUUAAUUGCAGUAAAAUGUAAAUGAUGUUAUCUGUGAAUGUCGAUGCUUUUAGCUCUCUAUCAAAGCAGAUUGAGUCCAAAUGCAUGUCAGCACUGCUUGCACAUCCAUGCCCACCACUUUGCUUGCAGACCAAGCACUUGUUAUAUUGCUCUUUGUUACAAAGGAUAUUUUUAUUUUAUUCAAGGAGAAGGGAUAUGAAAGGAUUUUAAACGUUUUUUUCACUUGGGUUAAAUGUUAUUCUUGGAGAAAUGUACUUGUUUUUUUGUUUUGUUUUACUUACACUUGAAAUUAUAUUUUUGGGUCAUGCCGAGUUGUACAAGCAUGCAGAUCUCACAAGUUAAAAUCUAAUUUGAAUUUAGUUAAAUGCCAUGGCUCUUUGAGAGCACCUUGUACAUUUGAAAAUAUGUGAAAAGUGUGUGUUCAGCCAGCCAAAUGUUGGCAGAUCAUAUCAUUCUAAUUAUUUCAUACAGAAAAAUGUAGUGUCAUCUGUUUUUCUUUUAUCAAUCCAUUUGCAAUUCUAUUUUUGUUUUUCCUAAAUUGAGUUUUCUGUAUAUCAAUAAUGUGGUGUGGCUACUUUAUCACUUACGAUCAUUUGAUUAGCAACAGGCUACUCGCAUGAUAUCAUUAGCCAAUGGCCGGACAAAGUAAGUGGAACCGAGCUCACAUUGUCACAGGGAAGAGUGUUUAGCGGCAGCAUGUGUUUUGGUAUUAGCUAUAAGUCUGAGCAAAAAGUGGAUUGCAUGACACUGAUCACUUAUUUAGAUAGCUAUUUCACACUACUGGAGUUAAGUAAUAUAUCUCAUACUAAUCUUAAUGUUUGACAAUCCAUCAUGUCUGUAUUUGUGUGCACCAUAUAUCACGACAUUCUAUAUAUCA